AUGCAUUCCUGGGAUCCACAACCCGAUGGCUACGAAGUGAUUGACGGCCCGAGCAACGCCAGUGCAUUGCCAACGUGGCGUCACGACUGGACCGUGUGGAAAACGAUGGAGCUCGAGAGCAAUCGAUAUGAUUUCAACGACAGGUGCAACGUGUACAACCUGCGCGAAACGCAGUGGACGCAGACGAAUUUCGUGCAAACGUUUCUCAUGAUGAGCGAUCGAGCGAUUUACGACCGGGCAACGCAGCAAUACACCGUCGACAAGUACGUCAACGAGAUGGAGCAACGUGUGGGCACGCUCGACAGUGUCGUGAUCUGGCCCGCCUACCCGAACAUUGGGAUCGACAACCGCAACCAAUUUGAUCUCUUACGGGACCUGCCCAAUGGACUCGACGGCGUGAAACGCGUUGUUGCUGACUUUCACCGUCGUGGCAUUCGCGUCAUUCUUCCCUACAAUCCAUGGGACAUUGGCACGCGAGACGAAGCAGGACUUGAAGGGACGGUGCGGAUGUACACGGCCGACAUUAUUGCCCUUGAGGCGAUUGUAUCGGCGCUUCAGGCGGACGGGUUCAAUGGGGAUACCAUGUACGGCGUUCCAAGAUCCUUUUUCAACUGCAGUAACCCACUCAUUGCAACGCCUGAAGGCGGGGUGCCCACAGCCUAUCUGAGCCACAACCCCAUGAGUUGGGGAUACUUUGGCGGCUACGAACACUUUCCGCCAGUCGCUCGGGCCAAGUUCCUCGACUCGCGACACCUGGUGCAACUCUGUGCUCGAUGGUCGCUCGAUAGGACUACGGAAUUGCUGACUGCUUUCUUCAACGGGGCCGGGUACGUCGUGUGGGAAAAUGUGUGGGGCAUCUGGAACGCUAUGACGGAACGAGAAGAUGCAACGGUCAAGCGGAUGUUUGCGAUCUUGCGCAAGUUUGGACACCUCGUUUCGACUGGCGCGUGGACUCCUUACUACGGACUGCAAGACGACGGAUUGUUUGCAAGUGCGUUUACGGUCGAAGCGAGCGGAGAAGCACUUUACACAGUAAUCAGUACGGUGCAAAGCGACAUGACGUUCGACUUGGCACUCACGAGCGCACAGACGGCAGAUGAUGUCCACGUGUAUGACGUCUACCACGGAGAAGAACUGCAAAAGAAGCAGAUUGGCAACAGCAGUAGCGUAGGGAACGGAUUGGUCGUGACGGUGACGCUCGAGCCUCGAGCGUUUGGUGCGAUUUACGUGACAAAGGCCAACGACAACGACAUGCAUCAGUUUUGUCGCGAGAUGCGAGCGAUGACCGCCAAAGCCCUUUCGGAGUACUCGACGACGCGCACUUUGCUGCAACAGCAGCUCAUUCGCAGUGGCCAUGAAGCCGCAGAAACUGAACCGCUGGAUGUUGAUGGGAUGGUGCGUGUGUCGGGGAUGGACAGCUGGUGGUUCAACGUCAGUGGCGUGCAGAUUGAACCCGUUGAGGCGUGGACGCCCGACUCGACUCAGUUUGGCUCGGGGGUGCAGUUUCCAUGGGAACACCGUCCGUGGAACAACCACUCGACUCGACUGGUCAUUCAAGACUUUCUUCUCGACGUCCACCCUGUGACCAACGCUCAGUUCCAGACAUUCCUCACGUCAAGUGGCUAUCGUCCCAAGUCCAUGGAGCGCUUCUUGUUGCACUGGGAAAACCGACAAGGCCCGUUAGUGUCAUGGCGUAUUCCACCGGCACUGGCACAAAGUCCUGUUGUAUACGUUGCCGUCGAGGAUGCUGAAGCGUUUGCAAAGUUCUACGGUAAGCGGCUUCCGCAUGAUUGGGAGUGGCAGUACGUUGCGUCCAAUGGAGAGAACUAUGACACUUACCCGUGGGGAUCCAACUGGAACAGCACCAAAGUGCCACAGGUGUUUCAUGGAAAGGAAUUGCCGACACUUAGUCCCGUGGGUUCGCGUGUGGCCUCGCGCUCGACAAAGUUCCUCGUCGAAGAUCUCGUUGGGUACGUGUGGCAGAUGACCGACCGCUUUUGUGACGCGCACACGUGUGGACUUCUCCUGCGCGGAGGAAGUAGCUACUACCCGAUAGCAGCUACACAUGGCGACCCGAAUUGGUACUUUCCACAGUCUCUCGAUGCCCAGCACCACAACCGCUUUCUCAUGGUCAGCGAAGGCUACGACCGGUCUCCUAUGGUCGGCUUUCGUUGUGCAAAAAGCGCCCCGCCAUCUCGUGCAAACUAA